AUGCGUCUAUCAAGAACAGCAGGCCUGAUGGCCUUCUGUGCCACCGCGCAAGCCUUCACCGACUCGUCCCCUUUCGUAAUGCUCUCCACCUCAGACUUCGCAAAGUCCGCUUCGAACCCCGCCCAGCUGCAGACCGAAUCCCAGGUCCUCAAGUCUGUCCAGGACAUCCUCUCCUCGUGCCCGACGGACCGCUACCUGCUCGUCUCCCAGCCCAACGUCAACGCCGCCGACAUCCGCGGCCCCGACGGCGGCGAAUGCCGCUCCACCAACCUCUGCCGCGCGACCGAGGCCAAGGCCGUCCGCGGCGUCUACAGCGUCGCGGAGGUUGUGGGUGAGGUCAAGGUCGACAGCGUCGCCGAGUACAUCCGCAAGGCCUGCGGCGGCAGCGCCAAGAAGAUCGAGAUCGAGCAGACGAGGCUCGCGCCCCUGGGCCGCGACGCCGGCGAGAGGGCCUCCACGCUCGCCGAUAACGACAACGUCCUCGGACAGCGCCUCGAGAAGCUGCGCAAGGCCUCCGACUCGUACACCGUCAUCUACCUCGCCAGCCCCUCCGAGCCGACCUACCAAGCCGAGUUCCCUGAGGAGCCCCUUCACGCCGAGCUGAAGCGCCACGAGGCCAGCCUGUUGCAUGCCCGCAAGGACAAGAACGAGACUCAGUGGAACAAGCUUCCCCUGUUUGAGAAAUACGUCUUCUUCUCUCCCGGCAUCUUCCACGCCCUGGUGGCCGUUAUCGUCCUCUUCUCCAUCCUCGGCGUCGGCAUCAGCGCCCUUGCCAGCCUCGACAUUCCCUACGGGUCUUUCGAGAAGGAGAUGGGUCCCGCCGCCCAGAAGAAGAACAACUAG